AUGUGCUUGCCCAUGAAGCAUUUAGCACGUGUGAAGAUAACGGGUUUUCACACGCGCCAAACUUUUGAAAACUUUUAAAAUGUCAUUCAAAAUAUUACGUUUGUUUCAGUGUAACGUUAUUUAUGUGAUGCAUCAAGAAACGAGGUACGAUACCGCUCAUAACGUGAAACUGUCAUCUGUCCGCACUCUUGCUAUCUGUACUUUGCAUCUCUUGCUGCACUUCGUUUAAAUGGUUCACAGGAUGCUUGUGCUGAAUUUUCCCCACGCGCCUGCGACCUACCAGGAAGGGCGCGUCCGGAGCGCAAAGCAGGUAACCUGUGAAGCGUACGCGGCUUCUCUGUGGCACUUGAGCUCCAAAAAUACGCUCCAUUGUGUUCACCUGAGAAGCGACCCAAUAAAAAUCGGAUUGAUGGUUUAGCCUAGAUUUAUCACACGCGUUUUGAUCUGACCGUAAACUGAGUUUUGUGAGGUUUACAUUUUCAGCCUAAAAAAAUGGAUGAUUGCUGCAUGUCAUCGGAUGCAAGAGAAUGUCAGCGAAUAAGUAAAGAAAUCGAAAAGCAGUUAAGACGCGACAAACUGGAUUCACGAAGAGAACUGAAGUUGCUUUUAUUGGGUACCGGGGAGAGCGGCAAGAGCACCUUCAUCAAACAGAUGAGGAUCAUCCACGGCUCGGGGUACACACUGGAGGACAGGCGGGGUUUCACCAAGCUGGUUUACCAGAACAUCAUCAUUUCAAUGCAGGCAAUGAUCCGGGCCUUAAACACCUUCAGCAUCCCGCUUGAGAGCCAGAACAUUUUUUAUGCGGAAAUGUUGAACGAGCUGGACGUGGGUAAGGUGAGCGCGUUGCAGCCCAAGCACCUGGAUGCCAUCAGACACCUGUGGAAGGACCAGGGCAUUCGGCAGUGCUAUGAGCGCAGGAGGGAAUACCACCUGUCUGAUUCCACCAAAUAUUACCUGAGCUCUCUGGAUCGGAUCGGGAGCCCCUCUUACAUACCCACGCAGCAGGACAUCCUACGGGUCAGGGUUCCCACCACCGGGAUCAUCGAGUACCCCUUUGAUCUGGACAACAUCAUCUUUAGGAUGGUGGAUGUGGGAGGUCAAAGGUCAGAGAGAAGGAAGUGGAUUCACUGUUUUGAGAAGGUCACCUCCGUAAUCUUCCUUGUGGCACUCAGCGAAUAUGACCAAGUCUUAGUGGAGAGUCACACUGAGAAUCGGAUGCAAGAGAGCAAGGCGCUCUUUCGAACCAUCCUCACCUCCUCCUGGUUCCAGGAGUCCUCCGUCAUCCUCUUCCUCAAUAAAACCGACCUGCUGGCGGAGAAGAUUGCGUAUUCGCAUCUCGCUGACUAUUUUCCAGACUACACAGGGCCCAAAAAGGAUGCGGAAUCUGCAAAAUAUUUCAUCCUGAAGAUGUUCCUGGAACAGAAUGUGAACAAGGAGAAGCGGCUCUACUCCCAUUUCACUUGCGCCACUGACACAGAGAACAUCCGCUUCGUUUUCGCUGCAGUGAAAGAUACUCUACUCAAGCAGAACCUCAAAGAGUUCAACCUGGCAUAGAGGACCGUGACUAUUCAUUAGUUCGUUCAUUCUCUCUUCCAAUAUAAGAUGCUGUUCUUGUUCCAAAGCAACCAUCUCGAUGUGACCAACCAAAUAAACAAGUGGAAGAUUCUCUCCCUGAUCAAUAUAUUAAAUAUCUAGAAUACAACUAGUGCUGUGCCAGGCUAUUACCUACUGCACUGGCGGUCUACUUCCAUGUUGUCUUCACUAGUUACUCCAAAUAUAUUUUUCGCAUAUUUAUUUGAUAUGUAAGUUGAAAGUUAUUGAGUGUCUAACUAGUAAGGUUUUUUACUAUUAUAAUAUUACUGAGAUAUUUCUCUGAAUCAAUUUUUGUAACUGAACUUUGCUACUCCAACUAGUUAUAUUUGUGAAUUGUUCCUGGCUAGAUUGCUAGCUCUUUUCUACUUGCUAUAAGCUGGGUAAUUUGUACCACCAUUCAUUUUACACUGAUCAGGACUGUAGAUGCUUGUAAGUGUCGAUGUCUAGUAUAGACUGUGAGGAAAGACAGUUUUAUUCACGAUAUCCCAGGGUGAUUUCUAAAAAUUCACAAAAUUUUCAGCCAAAUAUAAUGCCCCCCAGUAAAAAGCUGAUAUGUCACAUGAUCUCUCUCUUGGUGUCCCUCAGAGCUCAGUUUUAGGGCUCAUUUUGAUAAGCAUAUAUGUGCUAAACAUAUAUGUUAUAGAUUCAAGGGCUACAUAUUAACACAAUUUGUGUACAGUCAUCUGCCCAUUAAUCUUGCAUGUAAUAAAUGAUAUUUUUACA